AUGGAGUUGGAGGAGGAGGUUAUACAAGGGAAAAUAGACUUGGCCACCCAUCAUUUUCGAUCGAAAAACUUCUCCAAAUGUCUCGAGCUCUUCAACGAAAUCACUGCAUCUUUCCUGUCGUUGGAUCGACACGAACUUAAAGCAAUUAGGAAACACUAUGCUCUACCUUCCGAUCCCAUACCUGGAGAGAAGCUUGUGCAUCCACAACUAGCCACGGUGCUUGACUUGCGAGCUGCUACCUACGAGAAGCUUGGUGAAUUCCAGAAGGCCAUGAAAGAUGCUCACACAAUCAUCUCCAUCAAGCCCAGUGACUGUCGAGGCUACCUACGAAAAGGUAAGCUCCUUCUUCGUGAAACAAAUACGAGAGAAGCUUAUCAAUGUUUCCAGCAAGGUAGAUAUUAUGUGAAAAGAGCAAAGGAGCAGCUUGGUGUGGAAGUUUCCGACAGGUUGCUAGCCAAAUUGGAAGCUGAGUAUCAGAAACUUAAUGCUCACUUAAAGAUUGAACGAGAGCGAGAAAAAGGGAGUUCUCUGAAACAAACAAAGGAAAAGUCUCUGAAACUCUCCACUGUUUUGUCUGUGAAACAUCCGGCGUCCAAAUCAUCGCUUUCUGCUGGUAAAUCCAAGAGUUUCCCGUCAGCCUUACAAAUGAAGCUUGAUGAGAUGCUACCUCUCAAAAGAAGCAAGUCAAGCUCGCAUAUGGAGGUAAAGAAGCAGAAAGUUCAAAAUUUUUCUCCUCAAGACCUCUUCCGAGUUCUUCCUGGAGAUGUUAUCCAACAUAUAUUCUCACUUCUUCCUCCCAGCACUCUUUUGACAUGCCACAAAGUCUGUCGAUACUGGUACCAGUCACUCACAUCCUUGCCAGACUUAUACAAACAUAUUUUUACUCUUAAGCACGGCAUCACUCCGUCAGAGUACUUUCAGGGCCUUAAAUUGGUCAAGAGGGUUCUGCAGAUCCGUUACUCCAGAUCUGUUCAUGCCAUAAGAUUAGGAUCUACGACCAAUCUUCCCAACCUAAACAAGAUUCUCGAAAGUAUUAUAACAGAUAAAACGUUGCGGCUCAAUAGACUUGAGAUUAUCAACAAGCUGGUCUGCUUUGAGUAUCUAAUAAAAGUGCUAGAUAAGUGCAACUGGAACUACGAAGCGUUACAGACAAUUGAAUAUUUACGCUUAGGUUUGAACUCUUCGAUCCCAUCAUACCGGGCAUUUCUAAAGUUGUUCCCCCAGUUGCGGUCGUUGGACAUUAUCAUCAUUGAUCAGAAAUUCCGAGAGACAAACAAAUUCUUUCUUCCUCUUGACUUGACAAAUAUGAACCUAUUCCUCAAGGAAUCAGAGAUGCUUGAAUCGAAUGACAUAUUGGAGAGUCUUUCGUUAGUCAACCAUACGGCAUUAACAAAAGAUUUUCAAAGUAGAGGGUCCGGGGAUCGGACAUAUUACACUAAACCACGCUUUCUAGCGAUCAAAAUGACAAACUUAAGGAAAUUAACUGCCGUCAAUUUCGACUUUUCAAAUUUGGAAAUUGAUUUAGGUCGCUUUUUAUCUUUCAAUCUGCAAUUGAAAGACCUCUACUUGGAGAAUAACACCAACCUCAGCAUGAAGGACUUUCUAACUGUUCUUCGACUGUACGAGCCAGAAUUCCACCUCGAUAGACUUACAAUGCGUGAAAAGCAACCACAGCCUUCAUACGGAAUGGCAGAAAUGGAUGUUGAGGGUAUUAGGUGUCUUCAUUCCUUGAAGCAUUUAGAUAUAUAUGGUAGCUCGCUCUCAUGCCGAGGAUUAUUGAAAAUGUUGUCGAUAGCCAACCAUCAAUUCCAGCUUCAAUCGCUCAAUAUUGGAAAUUCCUGCUAUAUCUAUCUUAAGAGAGACAGUUUUGUCCGUGGACGAGAAGUUUUGAACUUCGGUCAGGUCUUUGAGCUUGUUCCUGGACUUCAAAAUCUUUACUUGAAUGAAUUGGACUUGGAUAAUGUCUCGAUGAAAUUUUUGCAUAAUGACCUCGUGAAAGUCACAGGGUAUACAGAAUGUCCUCUUAAAGUGCUUGACUUGUCAUUUUGUCACCAGAUUGAUGGUAUCGGCUUGAUGAAUCUUGUCAAUGCAUCCUAUUCGCAACCAAGUGAGGCAUCUACGUUACAAUUUGACGAGCUCAUUUUGGAUGGGCUUAGCAUCAACAAACUGACAUUAUCCUUACUUUCCAAACGAGAACUAGUGACAAAAGUUACUUGCGACCCUUUAAAGGCCAAAUGGCGCCAGUAUGGCAUAAAUUCAUUUGUACAAGAUGUUGUCCAAAAUCAGCGGUAG